AUGGAGAAGGUAAGAUUGGAUGUCAAGGAGAAGAAGAAGCGGCAGGCACGGCGAAUAAUGGAGGCGAUUGAGGUCGGGAUGGCAAAGCGGCUGAGGGCUAAAGAGGAAGAGAUUGAAAAAAUGGGGAAGCUGAAUUGGGCGCUGGUUAAGUCGUUGUGCGUAGAGAACCAAAUAUGGCACAACCUAGCUCAGACCAACGAAGCCACUGUCAAUGCCCUCUGCACCAACCUCGAGCAGGUCCUGGCUCACCAGGCCAAGGACGACGACAACCGGCAGAACAACGCCAAUGCCGCUGCACUCAUGGACAAUGCCCAAUUAUGCUGUGGAAGCAGCGAUGGGGACGAGGGUCGAAACGAUGAAGUCGGGGAGUUAGACAGGUGGCGCACUGUCUACUAG